AUGAUUAGAAGAGCUAGUCCUCUUUUUGAUAUCACUAGCUCAAUUGGCCCUCGAGUGUUUGGUAUCUCUCGACUGGCUAGUAUCUCUCAGGUUGUUCCUAAUGGCAGUUGGACUUUGCCGCUAGUCGUAUUGCUCCGAGCAUGCUUACCUAUUCAGCCGCGAGACACUAACUUCCCAAUAUGA